UCUCUCUCUCUCUCUCUGGGACCCAAACCCGUUUCAGGAAAAGCGCCGGAGCAGGACAGGCGCGUCCGUGCCAAGCAGAAGGCGUAGACUUCCUCCAAACAUUUCCUCCGCCAUCUCCGCUUUCGAGACUUCGGGAGUUCGCUCGAGACGAGCCGUUCUCCGCGUGCGCUGGGCCGCUCGCGUCUCGCGCUCCGACCCGGGAUCCCUGCUCCGUCUUCGGACGCCUCGGCUCCAGCAGACAUGUCCUGGGGAACCGACCUCUGGGACCAGUAUGAAGUCAUCGAAAAGCACACGCAGUCGGGCAUCGACCUGGUGGAUCGCUACAUAAAGUUCGUGAAGGAGCGAACGGAGAUCGACCAGGGCUACGCCAAGCAGCUCAGGAACCUGUCGAGGAAAUACCAGACCAAGCGAGGGAACAAGGACGAGCAAGACUGCAAAUUCAGCAAUCACUCCUCGUUCCAGGAGAUCCUGAACGAGCUGAACGACUACGCCGGCCAGCGCGAGGUCAUCGCUGAGAGCAUGGCCACCGGCAUCUGCCUGGACCUCAGCAAGCACCUGCAGGACCUCAAGCAGGAGCGCAGAACACACCUGGCGGAGGCCAAAAAGGCCCAGCAGAACCUGGAGAUCAGCUUGAAGCAGCUAGAAAGUGUUAAGAAGCGUUGCGCGAAGGAGUGGGCCGAGGCCGAAAAGGCCACACAACAAGCAGAGAAGACGGAGAGCGACCUCAACGCCACCAGGCUGGAAGUCGAGAAAGCCAGGCAGCACGCCAACGCCCGCACGCACACGGCGGAGGAGUGCCGGAGCGACUACGCCGCGCAGCUGCAGAAGUACAACAAGGAGCAGAACCACUUCUACUACACGGAGAUCCCGCAGAUCUACAACAACCUGCAGGACAUGGACGAGCGGAGGAUCCAGCGGCUGGCGCAGGGCUACUGCCAGUUCUCAGAGAUGGAGAAGAACGUGCAGCCCAUCAUCUCCAGGUGCCUGGAGGGAGUGAUCGCAGCGGGGCAGAAGAUCGACGCGAAGCAGGACUCGACCCUGUUCAUCGAGCAGCACAAGUCGGGCUUCGAGCGGCCCGGCGACGUGGAGUUCGAGGACUACAGCCACGGAACCAAGUCGCCCACGUCCGACACCAAUCAGAGCCAACCCAAGACGCGCGGGAAGCUGUGGCCGUUCAGCAAGAAGAGCAAGAUGCCGGCCGCAGAGGAUUUCUCUCACCUUCCUCCAGAACAGAGGAAGAAGAAGCUCCACGGGAAGAUUGACGAGCUGACAAAAGACCUGCAGAAGACUCAGGACCAAAGUGACGCACUGGAGAAGAUGAGGGGCGUGUACGUCAAGAAUCCACAGAUGGGAGACCCCUCCAGCCUGGAUCCUCAGAUCACACAGACCGCCCACAACAUAGUGCGCCUGAAGGGGGAACUCGCCAAGUACGAGUCGUGGCUGACGGAUGCAGUGGGAGGAGAGGAUCAUCCCAGCACCAUCAACAAUAAUACUCGACACAGUGUCGUACCAGCUGGGGAGCCUCAGACCACCGACGCAGAGUUUGAUGACGAGUUUGAAGACAUAGAAAGUCCCGUUGGCCACUGCGAGGCCCUUUACACCUUUGAAGGCAACAGCGAGGGCACCGUUUCCAUCAAGGAGGGAGAGCUGCUGAGUAUAAUGGAGGAGGAUAAGGGGGACGGCUGGAUGAGAGUCCUCAGAGGCAACGGAGAGGAGGGCUACAUACCCUCAUCCUAUGUCAAACCCACCUCCUAACACGCACCCACAGCCUGACGUGAUGGAAGCAAAGAGCCAGAGCUGAACGCGACGUCACCCGCGAUAACCGGAGCCCACGUGUCGUUUCAUCUCGGCCAGCGACGCGCUUGGUGAGAUGAAAGCGACUAUAAAGCUCGUUAUCGAGGCUGAUUGCAGCGUCGUACCCCCCGCCUGCACUCGCUGCGCAGGACUCGGUCCUGUCUGAACUCUGGUGAUUCCAGCUCGUCUGAAACCAAAGCGUGGAGCUGUUUGUCACUGCGUUCGCUGACAACUCGUCUAACACAUUUGGCAUCAUAUGGUUUAACGCUGCGCUCUUUAAUGUCCUCCGUAACAUCGGCCACUGCUACAACCUCUAUCCAGGAUAAUGUGAGCUUUUAAUUGUGGUAAUGUGAUUUUUUUAUUAUAAAUGGAUGAAAACCACUCCUCUUUAGGAUGAUGGUGAGUUAAAGGCUUGGGUCACAUUUUUUAUUUUAUUAGUGAGGUGACCCUAAGUUGUGCUGGCUGUAAUGAUCCCUCCUCUUAUAAAUGGUAUGUAAAUAAUGUAUGUUUCCCACAUAAUAUGAGGGAAAGGUUCUAUGUGUUCCUCAUCUCUGGCUGUUCAGAGAUAGAUACUUUGAUCAUUUCUAAACACACGCUGUGAUUCGUACGUUCUGCCGUGAUAUUAUGAAGUAAAACUGCUUCAAGCCCAUGUUAGAAAUCUGUGGAUUACAUCUUCAGACACAGAGGAUUGUGAGAAGGAAGGGACUCAGCAAAGAUCUCCUGAUUAUUGUAAGACCCACAAAAAGCCUGAUCCUAUCCUUUAACACUGUGUGCUAUGUUACAGAAAUUCACUUUUUUGAUAUAUUUUUUCAUAUUAUGAGCCCUAAAGUGCUGAAUAUGUCUUUCACUUUCCCACUCAAAUACUCAAAGGCCUAGUUCAUUAUUCUUAUAUCAAAUUAAAAUGUCACCUUCAGACAAAAAAGGCAUGAGGAUUUUUUCUAACACUUUGGAUGGAGUUUGGAUGUUCAGCUACAAAACUGAUGGUUUCCUGAAUUAAUGUUUUAAUGUUUUAAGACAUAAAUUAUUCUUGCUUUUUAUAAUCUGAGGCUUCCACAUAAGUUUAUUAACUGGUUUUACAUUUAUGAUAAGAACAAACAAGCAGUGGGGUAAUGAUGUUUUUACUGGGGCAUUUUCUGCCAACGUUAGAUUUUAUUUUAUUUUUUAUUUUUAUUAAAAACGUUCCAGAAAUAUUUAGUAAGCUCUGUACAAAGACAGUCGCAGUGAUUGAAGCAGCGCAUAUUAGCACUGUAGUAUUACAUUAAAUCUAAACUUAACAGACA